GACUGGGCGGGGUUUGGUGGGAGAUAGUAGUGAGCUUAGCUUAGCAAGCAGACGUUCAAUUGGUGGUUUUGCCGUUGUCGGUAACGGAGGUUUCAAGUCAGCGACUGUAGUGUUAAAUAUUGUAGUAGCCCGGGAUGAACCGGAUUCGGAUCCACGUGCUGCCGUCUAGCAGGGGCAGAGCGUCGCAGGCCGCGCGCGCCCACGAACCUCAGACGUGCGCGUUCACCCAGAGAGCGUGCACCCAGCCUCGCAUAGAAGGGUGGGACUUUUGCAUCAAGCACAUCCUGGAGGACAAAAAUGCUCCAUACAGACAGUGCAGCUAUGUGUCCAGUAAGAAUGGCAAGCGCUGUCCCAAUGCUGCACCAAAACCUGAUAAGAAGGACGGAGUUGCUUUUUGUGCUGAGCAUGCACACAGGAAUGCUUUGGCUCUGCAGGCACAGAUGCGCAAGGCCUCCUCUGGACCGUCCCCUGAGAUCCUGCUGUCUCAGCUCAGUGGCUACAACAGGACAGAGAUUGGAGCUCUUGGCCAGGAUAGCCGCAGUGAAGCAAGCCGCAUUCUAGAUGAAGAUAGCUGGAGUGAAGAUGAGCAGGAUCCAGUGGUACUUGAUCAGACGUGGAGAGGAGAUCCUGACAGUGAAGCUGACAGUGUAGACAGCGACCACGAAGACCCUCUGAAGCAUGCUGGGGUGUACACUGCUGAAGAAGUUGCUCUGAUCACACGUGAAAAGCUCAUCAGACUCCAGUCACUCUACAUAGACCAGUUUAAGCGUCUGCAGCACUUGCUAAAGGAAAAAAAGAGACGCUAUUUACAUAGCCGAAAGAUUGAGCACGAAACAAUAGGCAGCAGUCUUUUAACAGGACCUGAAGGUCUGUCCAUAAAAGAGAGGGAAAAUCUGAGGAAGCUGAAGGCAUUACGUCGCUACCGGCGGCGCUAUGGAGUAGAGGCUCUGCUACACAGGCAACUCAGGGAGCGCAGACAGGCUGUUACUGAGGGAGGAACACCACAGGCUCAUUCAGUACGCCCAAGCCAGAGGUGCAUUUCCUUUGUGGAGGGGACGCGGUGUUCAAACCCCUGUCUACCAAUGACCCGACACUGUGUGUCUCAUAUUUACCAAGACAGUAGCCAGGUGCUGUUCAAGAUGUGCCCAGGCCUAAAGGACGUGCCUUGUGACAGGCCGGUGCACAUGGGCCAGUCAGAGGAGCCACGAUGCCCGCUGCAUCUCUCCCUGCCACCCCCCAUGUACCAGCCCGAGCAGGAGCCACUGGCGCCGGAGCAGAUAUCAUUAGCCCCAACAGACAUGUACCUUAGCGCCGCAGAGCUUCAGCCCACAGAGAGUCUGCCACUCGAGUUCAGCGAUGAUCUGGAUGUGGUAGGUGACGAGGAGAUGCAGUGCCCUCCAUCACCGCUGCUCUUUGAUACUGCCCUGGCUCUGGAAGACCAGACCAUCCGUGCCAUUGCUGAAGCUCCUAUGGACAUCCUGACCUCGGGACAAGACCCAGAGCUCUCUGAGACGGACGACAUGUCUGCAGCAGACCAGGCUGUGUCGGAAGUAUCUGAAACAGCAGGAGAUGAGGAUGCCACACACAAUUCAUCAAAGGACCCUUACACAUUAACAACAGUUGCCACAUCCUGAGCAGUGAUUUUCUCAGCUGUCUAUAGUUUUUUUUACGGAACGUUCUGCACUAGUAUCCCAUCAAAAGCCAUAUUUAACAAAGCUGACUUUUUGUGGAGGAAGCCUUGCACCCCAUAUAUAUAUUGAAAAUGUUCUGAAGUAUAUUCCAAAAUCUUAUCUAUUGGGGAACAAGUGCUAAUACAUUACUUGAAGGUGAAUCACACAAAUGUAUUGCAUUCUUUGGAAAUAAAACAAACUGUGUCACCCUGGUCUGGAA